UUUCCAGAGAAAUACGUAGAUGGAGAAGGUGGUCCCACAAAGCCAUGGAAAUCGUCACUUUAUUACGGUUAAAAUUUGAUCAUCACUCACAGUAAGCGCCAUUUCCUGUUCCUCACUCUUCCAAUACACAAACUCAAUUAACACUCAAAUCUGCUUGAGGAGCUCAUCUUUGUAGUAGUAGUAUUUGAUACUGGUUCUCGCUUCAAUCAGCUUCAUCAACAAAUAGAGAUAACGAAGGGGAUGUAAUGGAAGAAGAUGUUAUGGGUAACAAUGAAGAUACUGCUGGUAUAGACAAAGAUAACAAAAGAGACUCACUGGGUAAAGAUGAAUAUGAAGGAAAUGACGAAGAAAAGAAUAUAGAAAAAUUGGAAGCAAUUACAAAUCAAACGACCAAAAAAUCUAUGAAAGGGAAUACACGGAAGAGAAAGGCAAAUGAAAACCCUGAAGGAAAGGGUGAAAUUAAGCAGGUUCUGAAGAAAGUAGCUUCUGAAGGCAAGGUUAAUGAGUACUGUGGAAACUUGGCGCACAAAGGUGACAAUGAUCAGGAUUCUAAGGCAACAGAAAUGGGAAAUUUAGUCUCCACAUGUGAUGAUGAAAGCUCUAAGAAGGUUACCCCUGGAGAUGAAGCUAAGAUGAGCCCUGAGAAAUUGUCUAGUGAAGGCAGAGACAUUCCUGAGCAGGUUGAUAGCAUGGGUAUGAUAUUCAUGUGCAAUUCUGAGACAAAGAAGGACUGCUAUGGGUACAAGGUUGUGGGACUCCCAGCAAACAAGAGAGAGAUGGUUGAAAAAGUUUAUAAAGGGAUGAAACUCUUUCUAUAUGACGUUGAUUUGAAAUUGAUGUAUGGGAUCUACAAAGCUGCAGAAAAUGGCGGUUUUAGCAUUGAACCCAAGGCAUUUAAGUCUCAAUUCCCAUCCCAGGUUCGUUUUUCCAUUGUUGAUGAUUGCUUACCAUUAGCAGAGGAGAAAUUUAGGGAAGUGAUUAAAACAAACUAUUACACGAAGACAAAGUUUGAUUGCAAAUUGACCUCUGAACAGGUGAACAAUUUGUGUAAGCUUUUCAUUUCUGCUAGCAAAGCGUCGGGUAUACAACUCAAAUCAGAGACCAGUACUAUGGACAAGACGAGUUUAACUAAGGGGCGGCACAUGGAUAAAAGUAGACAGCCUGAACAUGUUCGACAAACUAAAUGGAUGGAAGUGCCUAGGUACCACUCACAUCCACAUAUGCUGGAAAGGGAUGUAGUUACAACUCCAUUGCUGCCAUUAGCUUGGCCUCAAAAUUCACUACCACUUCUUGCUGGUCAAUCACAUAACAGAACUUUGGAAAACGGUGUUUAUGGAUGUGACACAUUGACACAUAAUCGUGAUACUUCCAGAGAGGGACGACUGGUGGAGCCUCAUGAUUCUUAUAGGCGGGACAAACUGCUAAAUCCUGAUAUUUACAGAGGAGAGGCUUUAGCAGUGCAUUAUGAUUAUCCCAGACAGGAUGGAUUAGUAGAGCAUCGCGAAUAUCAGCUAGUAAAUGUGGAAGCAGGACUCCAGGAUGUUGUAAACCAUCAUCCCUAUGCUUUAUACUCUGAGAAUUUGUCCUCCCAAGAUCCUGUGUACUCGCCACAUCCCACGUAUAAUCCUCCACCAGGCUUACGACCUGAAUACCGUCUCGGUAGCCUAUUAAAUGAGUAUAGUUCUACCAGAGGCAUCCCUCCUGCGUACCAUUCAUCACCAAACUCUCUGCCCGCGUCCCAUUUUCAUCAACCCGUAUACUCCCAAGAUCCUGUGUACUCGCCACAUCCCACGUAUAAUCCUCCACCAGGCUUACGACCUGAAUACCGUCUCGGUAGCCUAUUAAAUGAGUAUAGUUCUACCAGAGGCAUCCCUCCUGCGUACCAUUCAUCACCAAACUCUCUGCCCGCGUCCCAUUUUCAUCAACCCGUAUACUCCCAAGAUCCUGUGUACUCGCCACAUCCCACGUAUAAUCCUCCUCCAGGCUUACGACCUGAAUACCGUCUCGGUAGCCUAUUAAAUGAGUAUAGUUCUACCAGAGGCAUGCCUCCUGAGUACCAUUCAUCUCCAAACUCUCUGCCCGCGUUCCAUUAUCAUCAACCCAUAUACUCCCAAGAUCCUGUGUACUCGCCACAUCCCAUGUAUAAUCCUCCACCAGGCUUACGACCUGAAUACCGUCUCGGUAGCCUAUUAACUGAGUAUAGUUCUACCAGAGGCAUGCCUCCUGAGUACCAUUCAUCUCCAAACUCUCUGCCCGCGUUCCAUUAUCAUCAACCCGUAUACUCCCAAGAUCAUCUGUAUUCGCCACAUCCCACGUAUAAUCCUCCUCCAGGCUUACGACCUGAAUACCGUCUUGGUAGCCUAUUAAGUGAGUACAGUUCUACCAGAGGCAUGCCUCCUGAGUACCAUUCGUCUCCAAACUCUCUGCCCGCGUUCCAUUAUCAUCAACCCGUAUACUCCCAAGAUCAUCUGUAUUCGCCACAUCCCACGUAUAAUCCUCCACCAGGCUUACGACCUGAAUACCGUCUUGGUAGCCUAUUAAGUGGGUACAGUUCUACCAGAGGCAUGCCUCCUGAGUACCAUUCAUCUCCAAACUCUCUGCCCGCGUUCCAUUAUCAUCAACCCGUAUACCGAUAUUAGGUUCUGUCAAAGGAUUUUGCAGCUUGUUCUAUAAACCCAUGGAAUUUACAAGUUGGAUCCUUAAUUACAUGACCGUGAGUCAAGCUGAGCUUAGAGUGGACCUAAUGGUAAUUUUUUUGUUUGUUUGAAAAUUCAGUAUAUACCAUUUGUGGAAGAUUGAUUCUAGUUCUGAAACUUCUGGAAAAGGUAGAUGAACUCAACUGUCUCACCAAAUGAGAGAUCAUUGUUCUAUUUUAAUUGACAUGUUUGCCAGAAGAUGCUUGAGGAUAUUUUACAGAUGAGGCUUCAUUUGCUCAGAACUUUCAGUAGUAUCUUAUACUUUUGGCUAGUCUUCCUUUGACAUGGUGAUAAUAGACAGUUAAGGCACUGCUAUAAAAAUUGUGGUCUAGGACUCACAAUACAGAGACUAAUGACUAAACAAAGGAGGUCUAGGCCUCAGUUCAUCAGUCUGCAAUCUUAACAAGAUAGGAGUAACAAAAACCCUUAUCACUCUAGCUACCCAUGCACUUAAAAAUUAUUGUAAAUUGUUAAUUAAGAGGUAGUUUGUUUCUCAAAUUGUACAGUAACAUCUAUUAAUUUGUUGGUACAGUCUUACGCCUUACUUGAGAAAACAACCAGAGACAAAUAACUUGAUUUGAUUAUCCAUGAAAGAACAGAUCCUAGCUCAA